AUCAGCUGAUCAGCGUCACGUGGUCCAGCUCUCUGGUCGCCCUCUUUUUUUUCUCGUUGCAAAAUGGAGUUGUCUGAGUGUGUGCAGAGAGGACUGCGCUCUCUCGCAGACUCGUCCUCCUUUGACCACAGCGGCUUCCAGGUGCUGGUGGACGCCUCUUUCCGGAGCCUGCUCUCCGCUCACGGAGACCCGGGAGUCCUCGAUCAGCCCGAGCUGAAGCAGAUCGACCAGAUCCUGUUGAAGCAGACUCACACCGCAGCCACCACCUUCAUCCUGGAGGCGGUCAAACACAACGCAGACAAGUCCACCAUCAGCUCCUGCCUGGAAGAACUUGCAUUCAGUGCAGAGAGAGUAGAAAUAUUCUAUAGCUCUUAUCAGACGCAUACAAAAGAAGUGGGACGUCUCUUAGGAAGCAUAGGAAGGCGAGCGCCUCACGUGAACGACGUUUCAUGGCGUCUGCAGUAUCACAUGAAGAACGGACAGGUGGAUAAGGUCAACGAGCCUGGCUACUUGAUUUCACUGAACACAGAGAGUGAAGGAUCUUCUCAAGACAUCAACUUCACUUGCUCUGUGGAGCAGCUGCAGGACUUGGUGGGAAAGUUGAAAGACGCUGCCAAGAGUGUGGAGAGAGCCAGUCAGAUAUAUCAGGAGAGAAUGAGUGGAUCAAAGCGUUUGGAGCGUGAAAACGCCACGAAAUGUGUCGCCAGUGCGUGCCGUCUGCAGCCUGCUUCAAGAUGGCGGCUCGGCUCCUAUUCAUUUUCUGCUGAUCACCUCCCAACUUUCAUUGUCUGCUCGCCCCGAGACCCACGGAUUCCCAGCCCAGACUCCAGGAUAGUCGUUCCCUCUGUCACCAUGCAUCGAACCACCAGGAUAAAGAUCACGGAGCUCAACCCUCACCUCAUGUGUGUCCUGUGUGGAGGAUAUUUCAUAGACGCCACCACAAUAAUCGAAUGUCUCCACUCAUUCUGCAAGAGGUGCAUCGUGCGCUACCUGGAAACCAGCAAAUACUGUCCCAUCUGUGAUGUGCAAGUGCAUAAAACCAAGCCUCUGCUCAACAUUAGGUCUGAUAAAACUCUACAGGACAUUGUGUACAAGCUCGUCCCCGGCCUCUUCAAAAAUGAAAUGAAGCGGAGGAGAGACUUUUAUGCAGAUCAUCCUGUAGAUGCAUCUAAUGGAUCAAAUGAGGAUCGUGGUGAAGUCGCAGACGAGGACAAGAGAAUAAUUACAGAUGAUGAGAUCAUCAGUCUCUCUAUUGAGUUCUUUGACACGAGCAGGCUGGGAGGAGGAGGGGUAGCAGCAGCAGGAGGAGUGGAGCAGCAGCAGCAGCAGCAGCAGCAGCAGUCUAAAGAUCAGGUGGCCAACAAGAGGUAUCUUCAGUGUCCAGCAGCCAUGACAGUCAUGCAUCUGAGGAAGUUUCUGCGCAGUAAAAUGGACAUCCCAAAUGCCUACCAGGUCGAAGUCAUGUAUGAAGAUGAGCCUCUGAAAGAUUACUACACAUUAAUGGAUAUAGCGUACAUCUAUACAUGGAGAAGGGUAAGGCAUCUUUUAAAAGUUGAACACUUGGUUUAUGAUUCUUAAAUGCCCCUGUGUUGC